GGGGCUGCUAGGGGACUGGCUUGGUUGUGAAAAGAAGGAUGCUAAAUGAGAGGGAUUAGUUUCUGAGUAGUUUGUUGAAAAAAAUCAAUUAUUUCAAACAAUGGUCGCGUACCGUCGGGUUACCGAUUGAAUGAGAUUGCUAUUAAAUCAACACGACGUCACACAAUCUGUCACCUCCUCCAUGUUGUGUUCAAAAGUUCACCUCUAAACGCCAAACUAAUAUUGCUUUAUAAGGAUUUCUCGUCUUUCCUAUUAGCUGAGGAAACACAAAGUUUAAGGCMUUAAGGCUCUGGUAUAGUGGUUUGGACAUGACUUAAAAUCCAAGGAAAUACUGUUUAAAAUGCUAUAUACGAGCCGUGGUUUUCAUUGGAUUUACAUCGUACAGUCAUAUAUGAAGCUGCAUGUCUAAAAUGGCCGACGUUGGUGUCCAACAUGUGACGAGAGUCACUYUGUUCAGAAAUGGAGAUCCAAAUUUCAAUGGCAAACAUAUCGUAGUCAAUCCUCGCUAUUAUAGAAACUUUGAGUCUUUCCUAGACACGGCUACUUUCAGUACACAGAGUACGAAUGCUGUAACAAGGAUAUGCACUCCACUUGGUCGUCACAAUAUCGAAAGCGUCGAUCAACUUUCCGAUGGUGGCAUGUAUGUAGCCGUCGGGCGAGAAAACUUCAAGAGACUAAAAUACGGCCAGCCAAGACCUCGCAAAGUAYCGGUAAGSCUACCUCCUGUUUGGAGAAACCACUUACCAUCUUCGGGAAGGUUUCGGAAAGUAUACGAAGGAGAGAGACAGGCGUUGAAACGAAUUUAUGUGUACCGAAAUGGUGAUAACAUAACAACGGCAAGGAUGAUAUUAUUAAAGAAGCGAGUGUUAACAGAUAUGGAACUAGUGUUAGCUGCCUUACAAGAGAGUGGAUUGGAUUUUGAUUUUGCGAUCUCUAAGCUUUUUACUCUUAAUGGGAGGCAAAUUCAUGACUGUGAUGAAAUUGAGCACGAUGGAAAGUACGUCGCGAUAGAAAGAGGAAGUAGAUUUAAGCCUAUGAAUUACGGAGGACAUGGUGAAGUAAGCCCUAGGAACGCUGUCUUGCAUUCUACGAGCGUAAGAUUGCCACCACUCGUCCCACAAAACAAUAAUACUAGCGUAAACAGGUCUCCUAAGAAGCAAAUAGUCAAACCACCGAUCGUAAACAAACCAAGACCGCCACCUGUGAAGCAAGAAAAGAAUGUACCUUCUAGUCGAACACAACCCAUCAAAAAACAUACUCAAAACAAACGUUCUGGUGUACCAAAUCAAAAGUCUAUUGUCAGUCUUUCACAGGACGAUAAUAAAGAGAGUUUCUCAAACGUUAAUUUAUCAGUAACACCACCUCCUCUYGACGAGUCGCCCGAUUUCACUUUAUCGGCCGUCUUAAAUAUAACUGAAAAAUCUGUAACGAAUGAUGAAAAGUUGCCUGAAAUUGGGGAAAUUCCUCAUGACAUUGAUAAACUCCCGAAACAGGAACAAGAAUCUAUAGGAGCGCAUAUCUACAAGGCAAGUGGAAUGCAAAAGGAAUGGGGAGAUAUGGUAAAUGAUCCUCGUAAAACUCCCAUGAAGACACUCGACAACACUUCGGCAGAGGAAGUGGUGGAGGAAAUUAUGGAAGAUAUCGAAGAUGCAACGGAAACAUCCGAGACGCCUAAAGAUAGCGCUAAAGAAAUUAGUAAAAUGAGUGAGAAGAGACAAGUGAAAAUUGAAAAAGAGGAGGAAAAUGAAAUGGAAAUUGCUGAAGAGGUCAUUGAAUCGUCAGUAGGUGAAGAUGAGAAGGAUACAGCUGAGAAUGACAAACAAAAAGAAAGUAGUGACGAGACGGUCAAAGGAGAACGACGCGAUAGCGAGACAUCAAAAGACAAUGUUGACCAGUCUGAUAAAGAAUCGAAAAAAGAAGAAGAAGGCGACUCUGCAGAAGAAUUGGUAUCCAAUGAUGGUGAUGAGACGAAAGUUGAUGUUGAUAAAGUACAUGAUUCUGAUGCAGUUGACAAUGAUGAGAGGAAAGUCGAUGGCUCGGAUAAAAACUCUCCUGUAGGUCCURCUGCUUCUGAUGAUGAYGAAGAUGACGAYAACGACGACAGUCCUGUUGUCAGCCAAAAUCCAUCACGCAGAAGCAGCCAAGAGAUGAACAGCGAAGAUGAAGUGAAGUCUGAAGACGAAGUAGACGAAGAAGAGGAAGAAARAGAUGACGAAGAUGACGAGAAAGAUGAAGAUGAUGAUGAAAAUGACAAGAGUGAAGAAGAGGAAGAAAGCGAAGAUGACAAAGAUGAGGAAGACGAUGACGAUGAUAAAGAGGACGGAGAUGAUGAUUCUAGUGUUGUCAGUGAGCCUGACGACGAUGCCGCGUCAAAUACAGACYCUGCUAGUGAAAAGGAAGAUGAAGCMACCGAAGAAAACGCAACAAAAGAAAAUAAAACAAAUCAAAAAGUUGAAAAGCAACGGGCGCAGCCUGAUGUAUCGACAAAAAAAGGCAAACCAAAUAUGACAAAUGGGCGAAGCACUAAGACMAGAGAUGUAAAUAAAGCCUAAACACAUUCAGGGAGUGGUUUUUCGAAAAAAGAUAUCAUCCAAGAUAUAUGCUACAGUUUCCGGAACUAAUAAUGUAAAAUAGUUUAUCCCAAGCCAUCAGAAAUACAGCCAAUCAGAAUGCUGGGAAAACCGUCGUAUAUUGCUGCGUUUCUAAAUUACUUGACUAAAUGCCUAGGCAUUUUCAAUGGUGUGGGAAAGAUAUAAUCGUACAAUACUUUCUCGUGGCACACCUUGGAAUAUCCCACUUGUAACUGGUAUUUUCUUUGUAUACACACUCACCUCAAGGCGCUUGUGUGUAUAAUAGAAAAAGCAAAUGAACUGUGGGAUUAUCCAUAGUAUGCAACUCAAGACUAGUAGUUAACUAGUAUAUAAGAUUAUAACGCAAGGGGAGGUGUGUUUUUACAUACGGGCUGGGAAGUCUUUUAAAGAUAUUUUUAAAACUUCCUCUCUCUCACGCCCUCCAUUUCCAUGGGAUAAUUUUAUGAUUCCUCAUACCUCUAAAAUGUUCAAAGUUGUAAUGAUAAAUUCCAGCCCCCCCUCCCCAUCCCCCUGACGGCGGAGCCCCUUUAUAGAAACAUACCUUUCCUAAGAUCGUGCGGCACGUCCAGACGUCUAACUUUUCAUCACUAAAUGCAUGAUCAACUUGAAAAGUUUGAUGCCCCAGUGAGCCGACCYUUUCAUAUAUAGAGUUCUUUUAUAUUAUAUUUAUCUAUAUUUUAUUAUAUAAUAUAUACCCUAUAAGCUAUGAUGAUGGUACUUAGAUAUUGUUUUAUGGUUUUAAUUGUCAUCUUACGGGACUCGAUUAAGAGGGGAGGGGUGGUGUUACCCRCUAACCAACAUCAGUGUAAUUCUGGAUUUUGUCCUCAAAUGUCUUCAAAUCUAAAUGUAAGUCUAUUACAGUAAUGACUGAAA